AUGGACGCCGCACGACUGGCCAUGCGACCAGCAAUUGUCGUGCGCGUCACCCAGCUCGCACAAGACAUCCCUAGUGGCCGAUCAUUUGUUUCCCUCUUUCUCUCAAAAUAUCUCCGCAGCCCCUUCUUCACAUCGUUUGUCCCCUUCUUAAAAUCUUCCUUCCUCUCCUAUAAGUACACCACCACGCGUGAGCACCCUGACCUCUUUCCUACCCUCGCAACCGGCAAACAGCCCCAGAUCCUCUGGCUUGGCUGCUCGGACUCGCGAUGUCCCGAGACCUUCAUGAUGGGCCUCCAGCCCGGUGACGUCUUCGUUCAUCGCAGUAUUGCCAACAUCCUUCACCCCGGUGACUUAAGCUCGGGUGCCGUCAUCGAGUAUGCUGUGCAGCACCUAGGCGUCGAGCACAUUGUGGUCUGCGGACAUACUUCCUGCGGUGGUGUCGCUGCAGCUAUGGGUAACAAGCAGCUGGGUAUCCUGGAUCCCUGGCUAUUGCCUCUGCGCCAGGUGCGUGAGCGUAACCUCGAGAUGCUGCAGUCUCUUUCUGCCGAAUCUGCCGGUGAAGCUGCGCUCAAGCUCGUAGAGUUGAAGGUGCGUGAGAGCUUGAACGUGGUGAUCCAGAAGAGCGUCGUUCUCAACGCGAUCCAGGAGCGUGACCUCGAAGUCUACAGUUUGAUCUACGACGUUGCUUCCGGUGUUCUGCGUGAGUUGGAUAUUCAGGAUUCGCAGGAUGCCAUUCGCGCCCGCUUGAUAGCCUUCAAGGCCGAGGUUUGA